GGUGUGAUCAAAGGAAAAAUGGCAUACAUGGCUCUAGAAGUUAUCGACUAUCAGCGCUUGCUGGAACGAGACGACAAUGAGAUCAAGAGGCUGGUCAGCAUUUGUUCCAAUGCAGGGCUCUUCUUUUUGGACCUGAGAGGACAAGAGAGCAAAUCCUUGCUGGCAGAUCUGCAGCCCAUUAUUGAUGCUCAGCGCACCUUCUUUGGGCAGAAGCCCGAGAUGAAGAUGCCGUACGCGAGCCCUCUCGACGGACGAGGGCUUAACACUCUCAUUCUACAGUUAUCGCGCGAGGAGCAGGUCCAGGGCUGUCUUGCCCUUCCCAAAGACCUGCAAGCGGUUGAGCCCAAAGUCAGCAAUGUGUCCUCCAGAAUCGAUGCCAUUCUCCGCGACAUCUCCAUGCUCUUAUGCCAGAACUUGGACCCUCCUAUUGCGACCAAAGUCGUGGACAAUCCAAGCAGCACCGGCUUAAGCAACUUGUGUCUGGGUAUAUCGGCCGCAAAAGCUGGAACUCCAGUCAUGGGUGAGCAUUUGGAUGAGGAUCUCUUGACACUUACGUUUUACGAUGAGCCGUUCUUGGAGGUGUUGGACAGACAGGCACAAACGUGGAAAGUUGUUGACGUGUUGGAGCAUUUGCCGAUUGUAAAUGUCGGCGAUAGAUUCCAGAGUUUUUCUGAUGGGCGACUGCAUGCGCCUCUGCAUCGGGUCAAGCAGACGCCGAAUCAGAUAGAUCUCAUCAUGUAUGAUUUGGAUGCAAGCAUACAGCAGGUGUGCUGAUGGCAUCCAAUGUAGUUGGAUGGUAUUGAGUACUAGAUACAUGAGAUUUUUCCGAGAAAACAUUUUUGUGCUGAAGCAAUCUCAAUCCAUGAAAAGCCGUAGAUGCGAGGAAGAAGUAUUCUUUUUUUAAUAUUACAUGUACUGGAAAUUUGCACACUUGCUCUCUUACUAUUUGACGAGGUAAAAG